UUUGGAAAAUCAGAGCAUCAGAAUGAAAAAUACCACACUGCUACUCACCUUCCACCUUCUCUGAGCAAAAGAAGAAAUAAGAAGAAACAAGCCACAUAAGAGUCUUCAUUCCACAAGUACCCUAGGAAUCAUGCUGGAGACAUUCUGCAACUCUACCUUUUGGAAUUCCUCAUUCCUGGAUAGCCCGGAGGUGGACCUGCCACUUUGUUUUGAGCAAACUGUUCUGGUGUGGAUUCCCUUGGGUUUCCUUUGGCUCCUGGCCCCUUGGCAGCUUCUCCAUGUAUAUAGAUCCAGGACCAAGAGAUCUCCUAUAACCAAACUCUACCUUGCUAAGCAGGUGCUUGUUGUAUUCCUUCUUAUUCUAGCAGCUAUAGAGCUGGCCCUUGCACUCACAGAAGACUCUGGACAAGCCACAGUCCCUGCCAUUAGAUAUACCAACCCAAGCCUUUACCUGGCCACAUGGCUCCUGGUUUUGCUGAUCCAACACAGCAGGCAAUGGUGUGUGCAGAAGGACUCUUGGUUCCUAUCCCUAUUCUGGAUUCUCUCAAUACUCUGUGGCACUUUCCAAUUUCAGACUCUGAUCCGGACACUCUUAAAGGACAGCAAUUCUAAUCUGGCCUACUCCUGCCUGUACUUCAUCUGCUAUGCAUUCCAGAUCCUGACCCUGAUCCUUUCAGCAUUUUCAGAAAAGGAUGACUCAUCAAAUAAUCCAUCAUCCACAGCUUCAUUUCUGAGUAGAAUUACCUUUAGUUGGUUUGACAGUGUUGUUCUGAAAGGCUACAAGCAACCUCUGACACUUGAAGAUGUCUGGGAUGUUGAUGAAGAGAUUAAAACCAAGACACUUGUCAGCAAGUUUGAAAAGUGCAUGGCAAGAGAGCUGCAGAAGGCCAGGCAGGCAUUCCAGAGACGGCAGGAAAAGAACUCCCGGCGGAACUCUGGCGACAGGCUGCACAGGUUGAACAAGAAUCAGAGUCAAAGUCAAGACGUCCUUGUGCUGGAAGAAGCUAAAAAGAAAAAAAAGAAGUCUGGCACCACAGAAGACUUUCCUAAGUCCUGGUUGGUGAAGGCCCUCUUCAAAACCUUCUACAUGGUGCUCCUGAAAUCAUUACUCCUGAAGCUACUGCAUGACAUCUUCAUAUUUGCGAACCCUCAGCUGCUGAAACUUCUGAUCUCCUUUGCAAAUGACCGGAACUCGUAUGCGUGGACUGGGUACCUCUGUUCGGUCCUCUUGUUCGCCGUGGCCCUCUUCCAGUCCGUCUGCCUGCAGUACUACUUUCAGCUGUGCUUCGUGCUGGGCAUGCAUGUGCGGACAGCCAUCAUGGCUUCUGUGUAUAAAAAGGCACUGACCCUGUCCAACCGGGCCAAGAAGCGGUACACCAUUGGGGAAACUGUGAACCUGAUGUCUGUGGACGCCCAGAAGCUCAUGGACGUGACCAGCUACGUCCACAUGCUGUGGUCAAAUGUUCUGCAGAUUAUCUUAUCUAUCUACUUCCUGUGGACAGAGCUGGGACCCUCAGUCUUAGCAGGUGUUGGGGUGAUGGUACUUCUAAUCCCAGUUAAUGGGAUACUAGCCACCAAGAGUAAGACCAUUCAGGUAAAAAACAUGAAGAAUAAAGACAAACGUUUAAAGAUCAUGAAUGAGAUUCUCAGUGGGAUCAAGAUCCUGAAAUAUUUUGCCUGGGAACCUUCAUUCAAAAACAAAAUCCAUGAUCUUCGGAAGAAAGAGCUCAAGAACCUGCUGACCUUUGGGCAGAUACAGUCUAUAAUAGUAUUUCUCCUAUUCUUAACUCCAGUCCUGGUGUCUGUGAUCACAUUUUCAGUUUACACCCUGGUGGAUAGCAAUAACAUUUUGGAUGCACAAAAGGCCUUUACCUCCAUCACAGUUUUCAAUAUCCUGCGUUUUCCCUUGAGCAUGCUUCCCAUGGUUAUCACCGCUAUGCUCCAGGCCAGUGUUUCCACAGAACGGCUAGAGAAGUACUUGGGAGGGGAUGACUUGGACACAUCUGCUAUUCGACAUGACUGCAAUUUUGACAAAGCUGUGCAGUUUUCCGAGGCCUCCUUUACCUGGGACCAGGAUUUAGAAGCCACAGUCCGAAAUGUGAACCUGGACAUUAUGCCAGGCCAGCUGGUGGCUAUAGUGGGUGCCGUGGGUGCUGGGAAAUCCUCCUUGAUGUCAGCCAUGCUGGGAGAAAUGGAAAAUGUCCAUGGGCACAUCACCAUCAAGGGCACCAUAGCCUACGUCCCACAGCAGUCCUGGAUCCAGAAUGGCACCAUAAAGGAAAACAUCCUCUUUGGAUCAGAAUUGGAUGAAAAGAGAUACCAGCAAAUUCUGGAGGCCUGUGCACUCCUCCAAGACUUGGAAGUGCUGCCUGGAGGAGACCAGGCUGAGAUUGGAGAGAAGGGUAUAAAUCUCAGUGGGGGUCAGAAGCAGCGGAUCAGCCUGGCCAGAGCUACCUAUCAAAAUUCAGACAUCUAUAUUCUGGACGACCCCCUGUCAGCUGUGGAUGCUCAUGUGGGAAAACAUAUUUUCAAUAAAAUCUUGGGUCCCAAUGGCCUAUUGAAAGGCAAGACCCGCCUUUUGGUUACACACAGCAUUCACUUUCUUCCCCAAGUGGAUGAGAUUGUGCUUCUGGGCGAUGGCACCAUCUUGGAGAAAGGGUCCUACAGCGCUCUGCUGGCCAAGAAAGGAUUGUUUGCUAAGAAUCUAAACACAUUCAUAAAACAGACGGGUCCUGAAGGAGAGGCCACAGUCAAUGAGGACAGUGAAGAAGAAAAUGACUACGGGCUAAUGCCCAGUAUGGAGGAAAUCCCUGAGGAUGCGGCCUCCUUGACCAUGAAGAGAGAGAACAGCCUCCAUCAAACACUUAGACACAGUUCUAGGUCCAGCAGAAGGCAUCCAAAGUCCCUGAAACUCUCCCUGAAAACUCGGAAUGUGAAGACCUUGAAGGAAGAUGAAGCACCAGUGAAAGGACAGAGACUGAUCGAGAAAGAAUUCAUACAAACUGGAAAGGUGAAGUUCUCCAUCUACCUGAAAUAUCUACGAGCAGUAGGAUGGUAUUCGAUAUUCUUCAUCGUCUUUGCCUAUAUGAUCAAUUCUGCGGCUUUUAUUGGAUCCAACAUAUGGCUCAGUAAUUGGACCAAUGACUCUAAAGCCUUCAACAGCACCAACUAUCCAGCCUCUCAGAGGGACAUGAGAGUUGGUGUCUAUGGAGCUCUGGGAGUAAUUCAAGGUGUAUUUGUGCUCAUAGCAAAUCUCUGGAGUGCCCGUGGUUCCACCCAUGCAUCAAACAUCCUUCACAAACAACUACUGAAUAAUAUCAUCCGAGCACCCAUGCGUUUUUUUGACACAACACCCACAGGCCGGAUUGUGAACAGGUUUGCUGGGGACAUCUCCACGGUGGAUGAUACCCUCCCCAUGUCCUUGCGCAGCUGGGUCUUGUGCUUCCUGGGGAUCAUCAGCACCCUUGUCAUGAUCUGCAUGGCCGCCCCAGUCUUCAUCCUCAUCAUCCUUCCUCUCACCAUCGUUUAUGUGUCUGUUCAGAUACUUUACAUGGCCACUUCCCGCCAGCUGAGACGUCUGGACUCUAUCACCAGGUCCCCAAUCUACUCCCACUUCAGUGAGACUGUGUCAGGUUUGUCUGUCAUCCGUGCCUUUGAGCAUCAGCAGCGGUUUCUAAAACGCAGUGAGGUGGGGAUUGACACCAACCAGAAGUGUGUCUACUCCUGGAUUACCUCCAACAGGUGGCUUGCGGUUCGGCUGGAGCUGGUUGGAAACCUGAUCAUCUUCUUUUCAUCCUUGCUGAUGGUUAUUUAUAGAGAUAGCCUAAGUGGGGACACUGUGGGCUUUGUUCUGUCCAAUGCACUCAAUAUCACACAGACCCUGAACUGGCUAGUGAGGAUGUCGUCAGAAGUAGAAACCAACAUUGUGGCUGUUGAGAGAAUAAAUGAGUACAUAAAAGUGGAAAAUGAGGCACCCUGGGUGACUGAUAAAAGGCCUCCAGCAGGUUGGCCCAGCAAAGGGGAGAUCCAGUUUAGCAACUACCAAGUACGGUACCGGCCUGAGUUGGAUCUGGUCCUGAAAGGGAUCACUUGUAACAUUAGGAGUGCAGAGAAGAUUGGUGUGGUGGGCAGGACAGGAGCUGGGAAGUCAUCCCUGACAAAUGGCCUCUUCAGAAUCCUAGAGGCUGAAGGUGGCCAGAUCACCAUUGAUGGGGUAGAUAUUGCUUCCAUUGGGCUCCACGAUCUCCGAGAGAAACUGACCAUCAUCCCCCAGGAGCCCAUCCUGUUCUCUGGGAGCCUGAGGAUGAACCUAGACCCUUUCAGCAGCUACUCAGAUGAGGAGAUCUGGAGGGCCCUGGAGCUGGCUCACCUCCAGUCCUUUGUGGCUGGCCUGCAGCUUGGGCUGUCUCAUGAAGUGGCAGAGGCAGGUGACAACCUGAGCAUAGGGCAGAGGCAGCUACUCUGCCUGGCCAGGGCUCUACUUCGGAAAUCCAAGAUUCUGAUCAUGGAUGAGGCCACCGCUGCAGUGGAUCUAGAGACGGAUCGCCUCAUCCAGAUGACCAUCCAAAACGAAUUCUCCCACUGCACAACCAUCACCAUUGCCCACAGGCUGCACACCAUCAUGGACAGCAACAAAGUAAUGGUUCUAGACAAUGGGAAGAUUGUAGAGUUUGGCAGCCCUGAAGAACUGCUGAAAAACCCUGGCCCCUUUUAUUAUAUGGCCAAAGAAGCUGGCAUUGAAAGUGUGAACAGCACAACAUUCUGACAGCAUGUCCCAAGGACUAGAGAAGGACUAUAAGGAUCGUUCCUUAUUUAAUUUUUUUGUGAAAUGUAUCAUACAUAUGGAAGUGUGUGUAAAACGUACAUUUUAAAGGAGGAUCUUACAUGAUCAACCAUGAACCCACUACCCAGGUCAAGAAAAUGAUGAUUGCCAGCUACAUCAGACCCCGCCCCCACCAACGAUCUCACUUUGAUCAGACCUCCCUGCUCCUCCUGCCCGCCGAGAUAACCACUACCCUGAAUUCGUGGUAAUUAUCCCCUUGCUUUUCAAUUUUAGCACUUCGAAUGUAUCCUUAAACAAUGUGUACCUUUUUUUAACUUAUGUAAAUGGCCUUAUACUGCAUGUAUUCUUCUAUGACUUUAAGUAUUAUUUUUGAGAUUUGUCCAUGUUGAUGCACUCACUGAGGUUGGUUUGUUCUCACUGUUCUGUAGUGUGCAGUGUGUGAAUUCACUACAGUUUAACGUUGGUCAGCGCUAGGGAUAUUUCUAGGGUUUUAUUUCCUUCCUAUUAUGAACAAUACUGCUAUAAACAUUUUGGUAUAUAAUGCCUGAGACACAAGUGUAAGAGUGUCUUAGCAUACACUGUAGGAAUGGGGAUAUGCAUACAUUUGUAUACACUAGGUAAUGCUACUGUAAAACAUUUUUGUCAACCUGAUCAGUAUAAAUUAGUUUAUUGUGGAGAUUUUAGUUUGUAUUUCCCUAGUCCUGUUGAAGUUUCAAUAGGAGGUUUCUUCGGGUUCUAUUCAUCGUGCUUUAUUUCCUUGCAUGUCUUCUGAAUUUUUACUGUGAGCUGUGCACUUCCCUUAGCAUGCUAUGUGUACAUUCUUUGAGGCCUGAGUUGCACCUGAGUACUCCUGAAUGCAAUUGUGAAAGCUUCUGCCUGUCACCCGGGAUCAUUACCCAGACCCAGUUUGAAUUAAAUUCUCCACUGAGGGCUUUUAAACCAUACAGUUAGUGUGAUGUCAGAUCACAGUCCUCUGCAAGAGCCACUUGCGGUUUACACAUUCUCAAGGGAGAGUUCUCCCCUUGACCUAGCAUUAGGUCAGUGAUAGACAUGUUGCCUUGGCUAAUUUUGAAUAAGUACCUUUCGAAACACCCUCUGAAGAAAUUUGUUCUGUUUAGGUAAUAGGAUGAGCAUACAUUUAAUCACACAUGCAUACUGAUCAAGACUUUAAAAAUUAGCAAACAGUAUUGUAUAAACAUUGAUAUUUAAAUCUCUAAACUGCUGCAACUUAGACUUAGUUAACAAAGACCAUAUUCAACUGUUAAGUGUGGGUCUACUCUUCCACAGAGACACAAAACUAUUUCUUAAAAGGCUUCAGAUUGCUUAAAGGUACUAAGCAAAAGAUUACAAAAAUACAUAAAACAACUGCCUGUAAAAAAUACUCUCUUCUCAUAGUAAUCCCUUUUAUUUCAUUUGCAAGUAAUUGGUUAUGCUAUAGAAGUGACCUGUUGCAGUGAAGAAAGCAACUACUUAGGAGAGAAGUAGAAAAAGAAGAAACAGGAGUACAUGUAAGGCUGCAUUUCUUUUGGAUAAAAUGGCCAUAAAAAAUAGCUUCAGGAAGAAAAGAAAAAUUAGAGUAAUCUGGUUCUUACUGAAUUAAAAAAUGGACCAUAUAGAGCUCCUUUCUUCAACUCGAACAAUCAAGCCUUGAUCACCACAUAUGUUAACUUCUUGAAUCAUCACCUAGGUCCUGGCCAUGAUAGCCAUCUGGCUGUUCUAACCAUUGGCACUGAAGCCAGAUCCACAUGCCCCUGGCUUCCACUGUGAAUGAUGGACCCUGUCAGAGCAGCAGUCUUUGGGACAUUCAUUUGCUAUUUAAGCCCAGAGCAACUUGCUCCUCUCUGGAAAACAACUUUGUUGGUAUCCAUCUGUAGAGACUGUUGAGGUGUCCACUGGUGGUACCUCUAGGCACAGAUGUCUUCCUUGCCACUUGGUGCUCAUACCCUUGCCUGCUGGCUCUUUUGUUAGUUAGCACCUUUCUGCAGGUAAACUGUGACCUGGUGUGUCAGGGUUUGCAUUUUGGCAUCAUAGACACCUCCCAGGCCCAUGAAUAUCUGCCUGGCAGAUAAAUUUAUCAGUUCUGAUUUCAUAAACCAAUUAUACUUUGCCUAGCCUUCCAUUUUUCCUCCAGCAAAAAGCCUAAUUUUUUUGCAUAUUUGACUUCAAUGCUAAUGGUUGACUUUGAAUCCUUUUGUUUUAGCUGUACCUAGAGUAGGGUAUGGUUCAUGGGCCAAAUCUGGCCUGAUGUUUUUGUAAAUAGUUUUAUUUGAACACCACCAUACUCACUUUUUUCUGUAUUAUCUAUGCAUGCUUUUGUGUUACAAUGGCAGUUGAAGAGUUGUGACAGACUAUAUGGCCUGCAAAGCCUGAAAUUCUUACUGUCUGGCCUUUCACAGGAAAGGUUUGCUGACCCCUACUCGUCACCAGUAUAGUCUGGACUAGAUGUUUCCAUCCUCAGAAAUGGAAUUCCAUGUGGCUUUAUACCUGUGGUAGAUAGAAUAAAGGUCCCCCAUAUUGCUCAUGUAUGUCCUGAUCCUCAAAACCCAUGAGGAUUUAUCUUACAUGGCAAAAGGGGCAAAAGGAGCAGAUAUGAUCAAGGAUACUGAGAUGGGGAGAUUAUCCCAGUGCGCCCAGUGUAAUCAAAAGGUCCUUGUAAGAGAGUCAGGAGAGUCAUAGUUAGAAAUGAAGAUGAUGUGGCAAUGGAAAGACACACGAGGAUACUAUGCUGCUGGCUUUGAAGAUGGAAGAGGUGGCCACAAGCCGAAAAUGCAGGCAGAUUCUAGAAGCUGGAAAAGGAAAAAGAUUCUCCCCUGGAGCCUCCAGAAGGAACCAGCCUUAUUGACAUCUUGACUUCUGCCCAGUGUGUGGGACAGAUUUUGAACUUCUGAUCUCCAGAACUGUAAGAUAAUAAAUUUUUGUUGUUUUAGACCACAAGUUCGUGGUAAUUUAUUACAGCAGCAAUAGGAAACAUACAAUACUGUAAGUCCAAGUAACUCUAGAAAAGUGGCCAAUAUUCUCCAACUGUAGUUGGCUCAAUGGCAGCUCACUGAUCUUCACUGAAUCCUGCUGUAGUUUGAAUUUGAAGAGGUUUCUUCCAUCUGUUAAGCCCAGCUUAAAAUCAUGACACACAUCUGGGUCAUGGGACACACAGGUCCCUUGUGACAUUGUCCUGCUGAGUCUGCAGACUCCAAGGUCUGCGGCACAGGACACACGCACCUGUCUGCCCCUGAUAAAUGGUUCCUGAACGAACACAUUGCUGCUGCCCUAACCAGAGUGCCUGCUCUCUCCAUACCACCAGAACCUACCUCUGGGAAGGCGCUCUUUCUUCUCCUUCAGGGUCACCUCCGAGUGGUGGUAAGGAAUAGAUAGCUCUGUGUAGUUUGCAAAGUCUGCAAUGUAUUAUGGAAAACUCCCUUCUUGAUACAUGCAAAACGCUACUAUAGCUCAGUGGGCUGGGUGAGAUAAAGCAGGGCCUCCGAGUGCAGAUUAGUAUCCCCACUCUGUGGCACUGUCUGCCCCACCUGGCAAAGGAAUGCCCGUAAACACUGCAUCAAUGUGAUGUGCUGACAGGUGGGAGAGUGCACAGUCCUUUGAGUUGUAUGUGGAAUCCAGAGAGAAGAUUUAGAAUAAUAGUGUGUAUACAUCCUGAGGUUUCUUGGUUCUGUGAGUGAAGCAAUUCACUGCACAACUGUGCUCUUCAAGGGCUUGUAUUCCCCAGCCUAAAACAAACCCCACAUAAACAGAGUCCCAGCUUCAGAAUUAAUUAAAACGGUGAACACAAAAUUCAAUCCUUAUUAAAACCACAGACUUCCAGAGCUCACAGUGCACAAAAAUUUGCAGACAUCACCUUCUUUGGUUCUCAUAAUUAUCUUUUCAGAGGGAGGCCAGAAACCUACAUAUUGUAGGUGAUGACAGAUUCCCACCAGCACGCCAUUCUCCCAGCACUCUUUGGCGUGACUGAAGAGCUGCUUCCAGACAGGAAAGGGAGAAAUCCAUGACAGGAAGCACGCAGGCAAACCAGAUUUGGACAUUUUAAUAACAUUUCCUUCUGUUCUGUCUUAAACAUCUGACACCCUUUCCUUCCUUGAUUUUUUUAACUCUUACUUUUCCAACUUUUGAAGAAGUUCCAUUGAAAAGAAAAAAAUUGCCUAGAAAGAUGCUCCUCAAACUUUAACAUGCACACCAAUCACUUGAGCCAGGAGGCCUGGGGUGGGGAGCCCCCAGGUUGUAGUAAAGGUGAGGCUGCUGGUCUGAAGGCCACACUUGAAGGAGCAUGGUCUAGCAGACAUCCCAUGUUUAAAACAAAACUUUGUUUCUUUUUGUUGUAAACUGCACCCAUCCCCCAUGUCUCCCUUUUGCCAGUGAUUCCAUUACUUCCUCAUUUUCUUUAUAAGAUGCUCUUUUUCCAUUCUUAAGAAACCUUAUGCCCAAAUUUAACGUUUUCCCAAUAAUUACAUUUCCUUGCCUUUGAUCUGUCCUCCCAAACCAUCCUGUUACCACUGACUUUUCCUAAAACAGACAAUCCGCUUAAGAACCUACAGUUUAUUAUCUGACUCAACAAAUCUAAAUUUCUUGACUCAGACCUCAGUCUACUGUUUACUAUGUGUCAGGCCCCGUUCUAGUACUCUCCAUGUACUGACUCAUUCAACCCUUACAACAGCCCCAUGAAGUGGGUAGUAUUAUCACCUCUGCUUAAAUGAGGGAACCAAAGCCUGGGUUAGGUAAGUUGUCAAGGUCACAAAGCUCUUGGGUGUCCGAGGCCAGAACAAGGUGUUAAGACUCAGCUGUGGUGUCUGAGACCCACGUUUAAAUUCAGGGUCCAUCAAAAAUUUGAUGUAUGACUUGGGUAAGUCAAAAUGCCAUUGGACUCCAUUUUCCUAGUCCAUAAAAUAAGAGUUGCCUUAGCUGACCUGUAAGUUUCCUUCCUUGAGCCUGUUUGACAUUUUUUAUCACUUAACAGUAUCAGGCAACUGCUUCACUGUCACACACUGUCAGUGCCCCUUUCCCAGUGGCCGGCUACUCCCCUUCCCAGGCCCUGCCCCACCGAAGCUGCCACUCUUGGAUCUUGUUAGUUAAUCUCUAGUGUAUCAGUUUCCACAUCUGUAAUAUCAGGGAAAGAUUUCUCUCUUGGGGAUUCCAGCUUAGAGAAUUCAGCUCUUCUGCUCUGUAGCUCAUUGCAGCACAAAUCCUUUCAAUGAUUUUAGUUAUAAAAUGGCUUAAAAUAAAGCAAUCGUCUUCAGCACAAACAUCUUUUUGAGUAUCCAGUAAAUCUGCUGAAAUUGUAUUUGACAAAAUAAAUUUUUGACUUGUCAGUUAGCU